AUGAUUCUUACAAACAAAGAGAGAGAAAAGCUUCAUAAAGCCAUAUACUCAUAUCUUCUCUCCCAGAACUUCACUACAUCUGCCCAAGCUUUUAUGCAAGAUGCAAGCGUCACAGAAGACCCUAGCUCGUCUGAUCUGUUAGAAAAGAAAUGGUCAUCUGUCGUUCGCCUUCAACAAAAAGUCAUGUCAUUGCAAUCUGAGCUUGAUCAGCUUAAAGAAGAAAUGGUUUUUUAUGGGCCUGGCAAGAAAAUUUCAGACUCAAACUCAAAUAAGCUUGUAGGACUUCCAAGAGUCCCAGAAAAACAUACAUUGACUGGCCAUCGUGAACCUGUAACAUGUGUCGCUUUCCACCCAGUCUAUUCAGUCAUUGCUUCUUCUUCAGAAGACGCAUCAAUUCGUAUAUGGGAUUAUGAAUCAGGCUCACAUGAAAGAAGCCUUAAAGGUCAUACAGCAGCUGUAAAUUGUGUAGCAUUUGAACCAAAUUCUGGAAAUUUAUUAGCAUCUUGUGCAGCUGAUUUAACUAUACUUUCUCUAUAUAGCUGUUAUUUAUAUAAAAUUAAGGAAUAUUCCUUUUAAAAAUCAGCAAAUAAAUUAAUUUUUAUAAUAAAAAGAAUAUAAAAACUAUGGUCUUUCGACUCUUUUGAAUGCACAAAAACCCUUCAUGGGCAUGACCAUAAUGUAAGCUGUGUGCAAUUUUUCCCUGCUGGCGAUUUUUUAUUAUCAUGCUCAAGGGAUACUUCGGUCAAAAUGUGGGAAGUUAGCACAGGAUUUUGUGUGAAAACUUAUCAAGGACAUACAGACUGGGCGAGACAAGUUGCUAUUAAUACCUCAGGAAAUUAUUUUGCGUCUUGUUCUAAUGAUGAAACUAUCUUGGUAUGGGCCAUAGAUGCUCUGAAUCCUAUACAAACGCUUGCAGGACAUAGCCAUGUGGUAGAAAGCGUAUGCUUUGCUAACCAAAACGCAACAGCUAGCCUAUUGGAUGCUGAUUUUAGACAUAAAACAGAAGAAGAAAAAAUGAAUUCCUCAAGGGCGCCUGAGUUUAUUGUGUCUGGGUCUAGAGAUAAAACAAUCCGCAUAUGAGAAGCAUGGACUGGGAAUUGCUUAAUAGUUCUUAGAGGACAUGAUAAUUGGGUAAGAAAAUUGGUAUUUCACUUACAUCCCUCGUGAGCAAACAAAAUCAUUAGAGCAAUAACUAUUUUAGGUAAAAACCCAUCCUCCUUGAGUGAACAACGAAUUUUUUUAAUAUAAAUUUUUUAUAAAAAAAAAAAUUUAUAUAUAAGUGAUAAUUAUUAUAAAGAAAUCUCUAGCAAAUUCUCGUUUAAUUUUGAACAGCUUGCAUUUUAAAACAUAGAUUUCGCAAAUUAAAUUCAUUUCUACUUCUCAAUUUUUACAAAUUGGAUGUUUUUAAUUUUGAAAAAAAAUAUAUAUAAAAAUUUAAAAAAAAAACUAACCCCCUCCGAGCGAACAAAAUAUUUUUGUUCGAUCAGGAGGGAAGGGAGGAGUUAGGAGGAAGCUAUUUAUAUUCGUGUAGUGAUGAUAAAUCUAUUAGAGUUUGGGACUUGAAAACUGGAGGAUGCUCGAAAAAGCUGCUCGAUGUGCAUGGGCAUUUUGUGUUGUGUUUAGCUGUGAACCCAAGGUAUCCUUUACUGGCUUCUGGAAGUGUGGACAAGUCAAUUAAGAUUUGGGAAUGUCUUUAG